AUGGCGCGAUACGAGGUUAUCGGCGAUGACCGCAACGAAGCUCCUCCUCCACACAUUCCACAACCGGCAAUGACAUUGGACCCAGCUGAAACGCUACGACUAUCACCAGCCGCAGGUUGUGAAGUUGAAGAUGCCGACGACAUCGCGCGAUCACAAUUAGACGAGUAUUACUCCUCGAUUGGCCUGUGGGGAAGCCUGCGUUGGCUCUUGUCGAUUGUCCUGCUCAGCGCCUCGGCGCGGAUUGUUGAUAUUGACUCGAUCCCUUCUCUUAAACCCUUUGCUAUUUUCAUUGUGGUCUGCGCAUGCAUACAUUUGGUUACGGUUUCGCCGUUGCUGAAGCGGCCCCAUUCGGCGACCAAUCCAAGGCCACCCACAGUAUGGCUGGUCCAAUUUAUUGGCCUUGUGGUCUUGAACAUCGUCGCUUUGGCCCUCAGCAUUGUCAUGAUGGUCAUGGCAUAUGAGUUCAGGAAAGAGAAGCACCCGAGUGGUGGAAUGUGUCGUCACAAGGGUGGCCACCGCCGUCCCUGUAUGAGUGACCGCAGCGCGACAUUCGAUAUGUGCGUAUUGAGCUUCUGCAUCUCGAUCGCAAUAUUGGUGAGGUUCACUGCGCGGCAGAUCCAGGAACGUUAUGAGUAUGUCAUGGCUGCACAUGCCGCUGUUGAUUCAAUGACUGAAUGGAAGUCCUGUUGGGCUCAAUGGAAAGUGUUCAUGCGACGUUGGAGGGCGGUUCUUGCAAGAAUUGGAGAAGCUCAGCGCCAUAUUGAUGGUUGGAGACAGGAUACCAAGGCUUUGAACUUCUUCUUCCUGUCAGCUUUAUUGUAUCGUGAAGGAAGUCCCAUCGCCUUCCGAUAUACCUGCCGCGGAUCAUCAUAUCGUAGUGCCUCUGUUGCUGCCGGUGCCUCUGUUGCUGCCGGUGCCUCUGUUGCUGCCGGUGCCUCUGUUGCUGCCGGUGCCUCUGUUGCGACCGGAGCCGCUGUUGCUGCUGAUUGUAAAAGCUCUUCGUGCCGUAGAGGGCUAUGGUUUGAUAGCAAGGAGAUUGCGAGGCUCUUGUUUCCUAUGGACGACGACCCGGGACUUGCUUUUGUUGGCUCCUUCCUACCUUCGAUAAACCCGGACGGCAUCACGCUGGUCGAUGUAGCCAAUGCACUUGAUAACCUUAAAGGUGCCCAGGUCGAAGCGAUCAAAUCUGGUCAUGCAUCACUGUUAUUGAAAGAACCCGGCAUCUCUACCAAAGUGGAGUUGGUGCUUGCUAGGGACGUCAAUGUUUCGACUGGAUCAACUCUGCUCCACCUAGCAGCACAGAAUGGCCAUGCCACGGUAGUCAAGACGUUGCUUGAAGCGAGAGGCAUUGCUACGGAGCUGGUGGACGAGUGUGAUCGAACUCCUCUGUUGCUCUCCGCUGCGGCUGGACACGAGGCGGUGGUCAGGCUCCUUGGUGCAGAUGGUGGCAACUUGAGGCUAUGGCGCAGCACGCAAUAG